AUGGAAUUGAAGGAUAAAAAUUUUGAUGAAUAUCAAAAACAAAUAUAUGGACUUUCUUUAAUAUAUAGAAUUAAAGUUAAAGUUAUCAAGGACAUCAUUAAUGAACGAUUUAUGAAUCUCUAUAAAUCUUCAAACUUUCCCCACCAUAAUAUUGAACAAAUUUCUCAUGGAAAUAUUGAAGGAAAUUAUCAAAUUAACAAUCCGAUGUCUUUUGUUAAUAAUGAAAAUUUAUAUGGAAAUAAUUUUGAUUAUCAUCAAUUAAAUUUAAAUCAGUUUAUUGGAGGAAAUAAUCAAAAUACUGAAAUAAAUUAUUUAAAUAAUUUAAUUGGUAAUCAAAAUGUGGUUAAUGAACAAAUUCACAGUCCGGCAAAUAAUAUUAGAAAUAAGCAAAGUUUAGAUAUUGAUACUUCAAACAAUGAACUUAUGAAAGUAGUGGAAAGCAGUAAGGUAAAUAAAAAAUGUUUUUAA